UCCCUGCGGUGGAAGCAGCCGCGCAGCAGGAUGCCUGAACCGGCAAAAUCCGCGCCCGCCCCUAAAAAGGGCUCUAAAAAAGCGGUGACAAAGACCCAGAAGAAAGGGGACAAGAAAAGGCGCCGCAGCCGCAAGGAGAGCUACUCUAUCUAUGUCUACAAGGUGCUCAAGCAGGUCCACCCGGACACCGGGAUCUCCUCCAAGGCUAUGGGCAUCAUGAACUCCUUCGUCAAUGACAUCUUCGAGCGCAUCGCCGGUGAGGCCUCCCGCCUGGCCCACUACAACAAACGCUCCACCAUCACCUCCCGGGAGAUCCAGACGGCCGUCCGCCUCCUCCUGCCUGGCGAGCUGGCCAAGCACGCCGUCUCGGAGGGCACCAAGGCGGUCACCAAGUACACCAGCUCCAAGUAACACCGUCUCGGAGGGGGGGUCACCGAGUGGGAAACCCGCUCGGCUCCGCUCAGAACCCAACGGCUCUUUUCAGAGCCACCCAUUUUCUCCUCAAAGAGCUGUUAUUGCUGACGGGAUUGGCCCCUUCUCGGGUCUCUUUGAGCAUCGGGACGGUUUGUAGGUUGCGGGGAGGGUGGGUGCGCCGACCUCUGUGUCGGUCUUGCUGUUUUCUAACGAAAAUGUCUGUUUUUUUUUAACAAAGACAUAGUUCGGGUUUUUCCUCUCCCAUGCCCUUUAAGCUCCCGCUGCCGCUCUCGCCGUCAAACCGCUGCUUCGCUCUGAUUGGUCGGGAGGGCGCAGGCAUCAGCGCAGGGCAGGUUUUCCCUCAGGUCCGCAUUGGCGCUAUAUAAACGGGGGGGGGGGGAGGCGAGACUUAUUGACGAGGUUGGGCGGUGGGCGAGCGGGGAGAUCCUCUCGUGCCCCCCAAGACACAGCGAAGCGGUGACUGUUUUAUGUCCAAUAGCUUUUUUUUUUUUAUCUCCAAAACCUCCAAGGCUUUUUUUGGGGUGUUGAAGCGCAGCAACUUCGUUAAGAAGUUGAAUUUGAGGAGCGUCUUCAGGCUUAAUUAGCGGGUACUUAAUACCCUUGAUGCGCUCGCGUGGGGAAUGAUGUCCUCACUCUGGUUCUUUUUCUCAGUAUUUACCUGGAACAAGGAUAAACUGGGACACAUUCCUUCUGGGUUUGGAUAGUAUGGAUAAUAAUUAUUUGGGAUAUUUAUUCACAUCUCGCUAGAGCGAGAUUUGUCCCCGUGGCUUCCCGCCGCCCGGCCUGGUGCCUACUGUGAGAUAAAGGGGGGGGGAAUCCAAACGGCGUGCGGCCAUUGGCUGAGUGGAUUCAGCAGCGGGCCAAUCAGGGAGCCGCUGUGGUGGCACG